AUGAAACCUUUGUUUGAGCAAGCGUGUGUUUUAUGACUAUUAUGAGACAAAUUAAAUUAACAAAUAUUCAUAGCAAUACAAAUAAGACAUAAAAGUAGUACUGAAGAGUGAAGAGAAGAAGAAAAGAGACAUGGUUACAUGCUGUGUAGAUUUCAACAACAAAGAAUUGGAAAUAAGUUUCUUUGUUUUCAAGCCAACUGUAGUAAUUGUUGACCAUCUUAUUCAUGAACUCAAACAGUUUUCCUCAUGUGCUGAGAAUCUUGGUUGUAUGCAAAGUUCUAUAUUUAAGAGCAUCCAUGGAAAUAUGAUAAUAUGGUAUGGAGCAUGGCAGAAACGAUCAAAUGAUGAUAAGGAUAAGUUGACAGCAGACCUGCAAUCAAUGCUAACAAAUGUAACAACAAUGGGUAUCUUAGUUGAACACAAUUUCCUCAAUGCAUAUGCUGGAGAAUCAAGAGAUGGUACAUUAAUUGCAAAGUUUAGUACAGGUGAUAUAAUCUCCAUGAACUCAAUACUCACAACUACCAAAGACCUUAAUGAUCUAUGUUAUGCAGUCCUAGCAAUAUUUAGGUCACGUUUUACUCAAAUAGAAGGCAAAACUUCAGGCCUUUGUUUGAAAGGACAAAUGUUACCUACUGUUGUAUGCAUUCAUGUGUGGAAAUCACUACAAUUUUGUUACUCAUGGAUUCUAAAUCCAGAUUAUAGAAAGUGGAUGGUUCCAUAUCUUGAAAACUUCUCCAUAAACAUUAUGAAGUAUGAUAUUUUUAGAGUAGUUUAUGUUAGUGGUCACAAUAUAGUUAAUCUUCCUUAUAAUUAUAAUGUUGACAUGUUGGAAAAUGAAGAAGAGAGUAGACAAAAACAUGUGAUGUAGAAUUGAGAAUAUGAUGUUUGAUACAAAGAUUUGUAUAUUGUUGUACAUUUUUCUAGUCAAAUCAAAUUUAUGCAUUAAUGAUGCGUCUGAAAUUACAGGUUGAAUGACUUCAAAUGUCAACUCUAGUUGAAGUUUCAGAGUGUGGCUUAGUUUAGUCUCAAUUUCCAAAUCACGAUGACACUGCGAAAUCACUUUUUUCUUUAA